UCCAGCAGCCCGUCCUCCGCUCAGUGACUACAGAAGGCUCCGUGUGUGUUUUUUUUUUAGACGAUGCUAGUAGGAAUUUCGCAUAAACGCCCAGCCUUUUAUCAGUAUUAAACACCUGUGUUUCAGAAUGAUUAUAGAUAAUGUGGACGCUUUGAAAUCUUGGCUGGCUAAACUUCUUGAACCCAUAUGUGAUGCUGAUCCAACUGCACUGGCGAAUUACGUCGUGGCUUUAGUGAAGAAGGAUAAACCUGAGAAAGAACUGAGAGCAUUGUGUGCAGAUCAGUUGGACGUUUUCCUCCAGAAAGAGACUACAGGGUUUGUGGAUAAACUCUUUGAGUGUCUUAGCACAAAAAAUUAUUUGGGAAAUCCACCUACUAAAGAGGAGACUAAAAUCCCAGUGCCAAAGGUUGAGGAAAAGGAAGAGGCUGGUCAUGUUGAAGAUGACAGAGAUAACCGAAGAAGACGAAGUCCAUUAAGGAAUCGUUCAGACUUGAAUGAAUCUAGGUUGGUCCUGGAACGGGCAAGGGAUGAUCGCAGAAGAGACGACCGCAAGCGCUGGGAAGCGGAACGCCACGGAAAGAGCGGAGAGUCGUACCGGGAUCGUCACGAGCGUCACGGAGGCAGCUCGCGGGGGCGGAGCUACAGUCGCAGCAGAAGUCGUAGCCGGAGCGGCAGCCGUGGAAAGAGCAAAGAAAGAGAGCACAACCAGAGGAGAGCAGAACACAGAUCCAAAUUCGAACCGGAGAGGAAAGAGACAGAGCCUUACAACCCCUCUUCUGCCCAUCUGAGUAACCCACAUCACCAGCAGACCCAUCCGCCCCCUCUGCUGCUUUCCCAGCACCAGUUCCCCACCUCGGGGAGCACUGGUGUCCCCAAUGCCGUAACCGUGGUAGCGCCGGCUCACCUGCCUGACAGCACCACAGAGAGCUGGUCCACAUACUACAACAAUCACACAGACGGCAAGACGUUCAACAAGAGUGCAGUCAAACAUCGUUGCAGGGACUACGACGAGAAAGGAUUUUGUAUACGAGGCGACCUCUGUCCGUUUGACCACGGUAAUGACCCUCUGAUCGUGGAUGACGUCACGCUUCCUACCAUGAUCCCGUUUCCGCCUCCACCCGGCCUGCCCCGGAUGCCUAUGCCGCCCAUGACGGAGCCUCCCCCGGGCAUGCCUAUGCCCAUGCCUCCUCACGGGCAGCCUCCACCUCCAGGCAUCUAUCCCAUGCCAGGACCUCCUCUCAUCCCAGCCACUGGGAUAGUCACUCAACCUCACUCUAGGAGCAGUAAUUCUUCUCCUUUGGCCCUGCCUGGAGUAGGACCACCUCCUCCACCACCACCUCCUCCUCCUCCUUCUUCCUCCUCCUCCUCCUCUGCCUCUCUACACCCUCAGUACAGUCUGUCUGAAUACAGCUAUGAUCCUGAGGGUUAUAACCCAGAGGCCCCGGGACUGACCGGGCCAGGCCGAGCUCCAUACCGACAUUUCAUUCCCCGCAUCCAGACCCAGAGAUCCAACCUCAUCGGCCUCACAUCUGGAGAUGGACCGGCUUCGCGAGCAGCUAAUAUUGUGAUCCAGACAGAGCCGUCGGUCACGAGCAUGUCGAACAGUGAAAUGAAGUAUAGCUCGGAGCAGGAGAACAGAAAAAGACCUCUGAAUGCUGGAGAUGGACCUCAAGCUAAAAAACCCUGGAUGAUGGACAACCGUACGCGUGUUCCCGAGAGAGCUGACGUCUGGCGGAAGCCUACCUUACAACAACCCGUUGCUACACCUCAGGAGACAUUUAAUAACUAUGGAUUAAAUGGGCAAAAUUUUAAUAACCAGAAUAAACCCACCUUCCCAAAGAAGACUCAUUAUGUAAACACCAAACUAGAGGUGCGCAAAAUCCCACGAGACCUAAACAACAUCACCAAACUCAACGAACACUUCAGCAAGUUUGGAACCAUCGUCAACAUUCAGGUGGUGUUCGGGGGUGACCCGGAGGCGGCGCUGAUCCAGUACACGGUCAACGACGAGGCUCGGAGGGCCAUCUCCAGUACUGAAGCCGUACUUAACAACCGCUUCAUCAGAGUCCACUGGCAUAGAGAGGCCACGCCCUACGCACAGGAGCAGGGACCCGGUCAAAGCUCAAACCCUAGCCAACAGCAUCCUACAGCACAUAAGGUUGUCAGUAAGCAGCACCCUGCAGGAGCUUACGUGCUGAAUAACACCUUCCCAAAACACCAGACAGCCACGGGAGUUUUUGGUAGCACUGGCAGUGCUGAACCCACCAGCCCGAGCCAAGAGCCCUCAAUAGGUUUGAUGCCGCCCUCCAAUUUACAAAAGGGUCCAUUCUCGCGUACGGUAUUGAAACCUGCGUCGAAAUCGCUGGGCAAGACGGCCAAGGCGCUAGAAGCUCAGGAGGUUCUGAAAAAGAAGCAGGAGGCACUGAAACUGCAGCAGGACAUGAGGAAAAAGAAACAAGAAAUGCUGGAGAAACAGAUCGAGUGUCAAAAGGUCCUGAUAAACCGUCUGGAGAAGAACCGAGGGAUGAAGCCAGAAGAGAGGGCAAACAUCAUGAAGACUCUCAAAGAGCUGACGGACAAGAUUUCUCAAGUGAAGAACGAGAUCAGCCCGGCCUCGCACGUCACCGCCAACACCACCCGUGAAAAAACUAAAACAGACGCACAGAAAGAGUUGUUAGACGCGGAGUUGGACUUCCAUAAGAAGCUGACGGCAGGAGAGGACACAACAGACCUGAAGAGGAGGUUGGGUCAGCUGCAGGUGGAGGCAACUCGGCUGGGACUCAUACCAGCUGGGCGCGGCAAGCCACCGGCAGCCCUAACCCGAGGAAGAGGAAGGGGCAGAGGGCGGAGCCUGAGAGGGCGCGGCGGAGGCAAUCAUAUGGUGGUGGAUCACCGACCUCGAGCCCUCACCAUUAUUGGCGUGACACAGGAAGAGAAAGAGGAGCUUAUGCCACAUUUUGUGAAAUUUGGUGAGAUCGAAGAACUCCGCGACCAAGAUGCUACUAGUGUCGUGAUGACCUUCAAAACCCGUAGUGAAGCUGAAAACGCUGCAAAUCAAGGAGCGACGUUCAAAGGUCGAAUCCUGCAGAUCUCAUGGUACAAACCUAAAACUCCAUCUGUGUCUACUGAACCAGAAGAAGAGGAGUCAAAAGAGGAUGUCAACACUUCAGGAUUACAUGAGCCACUCAGCCCUUUCCUGCUUCCAGAGGAAGAGGAGGAGGAAGAUGACGAAGACGACGAUUACGAGAGCCGCUCGUGGAGACGAUGAGGAAUGGGAAAUGGCGUCACACUUUUCUUUGGAAAAGGACUUUCAUUUUUAGUUAGUUUUUGAAUAGUCUAAUUAAAGUGUGAUGGAAAGACAAAAGGUCUUUUUUUCUAGACGGUUUUCAGUAUUUGGAGAAGCUCUCUCCGUAAAGGAAUUUGAGAAGUCUGUAGGGAUUGCAGUCUCUCUGCGUUUAUAUAAUCAAACUCUCAUUUUUGCUGAGAUUGAAUGCGAAAUAUUUCAAUGAGGAAACGUUCUGUUUAACUGUGCAUGACCAGAUGUCAGUAACUCACAACAUUUGUGACUACUGUAAUUUUUUUAUGUCUAGAUGAUUUUCUCUUGGCUCAUGAUAUUAUAAUGUUCAUAAUGUCCACUAUAUCAUUUGAUGUGAAAAUUCAUCUGCACUUGGCGUCACUGGCAAGUCUCUACUAUUGGAUGCACUCGCUUGACAUCUCUUAGUGGCAUCUCUGAUAUGCUGUCUAGAUGUCGAAACACGUAUCUGGCCCCAAUUAUUAUUUCUUCUCCAGAUUAACGUGCCACUUUGUGUAAAUAUGAUAAAGAUAAACGUGGCACGCUUCGUAGUGGACAAUAUGUCCAACCGUUCAUAUUUAUUUUUCACAUCUAGGCGAUGUUUCAAACCAAAAGUACAUUGGGUGAGGGUCCGAAAAAAAUAUAAUUUCAGUAAAAUAUAAACAUGAGAUGUCUUCUAAAUUAAUUCACACUUCAUUUGCGCCCUAUUAUCAGUGUACGGCUGACUUUUUAGGAGAUCUGUGACUGUUUUUUGUCCUUUUUUAUGUAAAUUUUGUAAAUGGUUUCUGUUUUGUUUUAGCCAUUGGAAUGAAUGAAGCUGCUGUUGUUGACAUUCAUAACUAGUACGGGGUCAUUUAAGUGACUUUGCGACUUAAACCUAACAAUGUGUUUUUGUUGACAAGCAAACUUACUUUUGAAGUUUAAAGAAUUUGGUUGGGUUUAUAUUCUCAUUUUUGCCAGUCCACUUUUUUUCUGAAGCCAGAAAUGGGCCAAAAAUGUGUCAGUUUCUAUAAACUUAAAAUCUUGUAGCAUGCUGGCAUCUGUAUGAGUGGGUUUAAUUGAAACAUAAAAAUAUUAUAUGUAUGUACGCAUAUAUAUUUUUUUAAUGACCACAUUUACGUACUUUGCUAAAACUGGUAAGAUAUAAGUUUAUAGUUCCUUUAAAGAAGCACCGGAGUAAAACAAUUGAUGUGAUAUUUAAUAGCAUGUUCUUAUGCUGUUUGAAUCCAAAUCUGUACGCCCCAUUCUUUCACGUCACCUGUACAUAAUGUGUUCUUGUAAACCUCUGAGAUGGCAUUUUCUCUUUUUCAAUAACUCAGUCGCUCAUACAAGGUCUGGCUGGUAUCUGUGUUGGUUUUGUACAUGAUAGUGUCAUGGAAAAACUAAUGUAGUGGAUUUUUCAUCAUUUCUACAAUCCUUUUGCUACACAACACAUUAGUAUAAUGUCAUACACUUAGCAUAAAUAGAUUUUUGAAUUACUGUUUAUAAAGAUGUAUGUAUGUAUUUUUGAGUUCUCUGUUUGUAAAAUGGAUUUCUAACAGUCGCAUGUUUGCUAAUUAAUAAAGAUAAUGGAAUGGGCAGGAGCUAGAAGAACAUCAAGAGAAAAAAAAGAUUUAAGUUCAAUUGGCCAUAUAGUUUGCAACAACAUGCAAAGAAAAAAAUAUAUUGAAAUUUCAAGAGAGAGAAAAAAAUAUCCAUGAGCCAUUCCAAAAAUUAAUCCCUU